AUGUCGGGACCACCUGAGGCAAGAAGUAUUUCUAGGCGUAUUCUUGGAACUUUUGGCGGCGUCUUUACUCUCGUCACUCUCUCUCAGUUCAGCAGUGUAGUAUUUCUUCGACUGGGCUUCCUAGUAGGACAGGCUGGGUUGCUUAUAACAAUACUACAAUUUUUUCUCGCUUAUCUCAUCCUUCUACUGACCAUUUUUUCCGUUUGUGCCAUCAGUACAAAUGGUGCUAUUGAAGGCGGUGGCGUUUAUUACAUGCUUAGUCGCGUCUUGGGUCCCGAGUUCGGUGGCGCUGUUGGAUCAGUAUUCUAUUGUUCUCAAGUAUUCUGUGCCGCCCUGUAUAUCGCUGCCUUUGUUGAAGCCGUCUGCGCAAAUUUUGGACCUGGUGGUGUUCUCGUUAGUGGAACAUUAAUCGGCGUAACUUUCUGGUGGAAAUAUCUUUACGCCAGUUGUGUGAAUCUUUUUUGCCUCCUGGUUCUCAUCAUAGGGAGCCGCAUGUUCAUGCGAACCAGUAUCCUCAUGCUUAUACUUGUGUUUGCAGUGAUACUCUUCGUCGCAUCGAGUUUCUUUCAACCACCCUUCGCUGUGGCCGUACCGCGGGUUAAUGAAUUGGUCUACAAUUGUAGUGAUCCCAGUCAACCUUCCGUAAUGGUCCCCUUCACUGGGUUUAAUGCUACCACUUUAAAGGAGAAUCUUUUCCCCAAAUACGCAGUAGACUACGAGAGUCGAACCCAAAUGAACUUCGUCAUUCUCUUUGCUGUUCUCUUUUCGGGUGUCACGGGCAUUAUGAAUGGCGCUAACAUGUCAGGUGAACUGAGGAGGCCGUCAGUUUCCAUUCCGAUGGGCACUCUUACCGCGGUUAGCACCACAUUGUGUGUCUACCUCAUUUUGGCCGUCCUAACCGCGGCAACGUGUAGCAGAUCUCUUCUGGUUGAAAAUUAUGCCUACAUGCAGAGCAUUUCCUUUUGGCCGCCUUUGGCCGUGAUGGGUGUGUUAGCUGCCACGCUAUCCGCUUCUCUGGGCAACCUUAUUGGCGGCUCGCGUGUACUUGAAGCUCUGGCCGUCGACGAAAUUUUUGGCGUUCUUCUCAAACCAAUGAAAUACACAACUUCCGGUGGAAAUCCUCUUGUGGCUGUACUUUUCACUCACCUCUGUGUUCAGGUGUGUCGGUGCAUUACAAAUCAUGCUAACAACCCUUGUUUUGACAAAUUUCUUGUUUUUUACCUCGUCUUCUUCAUCGGUAACAUGAAUGCAAUUGCCCCAGCUGUGUCAAUUUUCUUCCUCCUUGCCUAUGCCUCGGUCAACCUCGCCUGUGCUUUGUUAGAUACUGCAUCUCCGGCCAAUUUUCGACCAACCUUCAAGUCUUUCCACUGGAUAACCGCUCUGUUGGGAAUGCUGGGUUGCCUGACGAUGUGCAUGCUAAUCCAACCUUUUUACACUCUUGGAGCAAUCGUUCUUCUGGUCGUUCUGGUUGUCUGCCUCCACCAUCGCCAUAUGACUGUCUCUUGGGGCAAUAUUGGCCAGGCUCUAAUCUAUCACCAGGUUCGUAAGUACCUCCUUCUCUUGGACGCUUCAAAGGAACACGUGAAGUACUGGCGUCCUCAGAUCCUCUUUCUCCUCGCAAAUCCCCGCUCCGCUGCGCUACUGGUCCAAUUCGUCAACUCGGUUAAGAAGGGUGGUCUCUACGUCCUUGGACACGUAGUGGCACCUGAUCGGUCUUCCAAGUCUAACAAUAACAGCUUCGAGGAUGAUGCUGACGAUGUGUGCUGCGUCGCUCGCAGCUACAUUGUCAUAUAUGAUAGGAACUUGCUCUACAAGCAAAUGUUCAUGGACGCGAACGACAAUGUCUACAUAAGGCAAAAGGCCAAGAUCCCCCGAUGUGAGAUGCUGCGCCCCUCAACAUAUGGACCCGACGUUAUUUUUCCACGCCAAAAUUGGCUCAAUCUAGUCAGCUACGUGCGCUACCUGAAUGUAAAGGCCUUCGUUGAAGUUACGCUGGCCGGUGAAAGCGUUCGUGAGGCCCUUCUCCACCUCGUUCGUCUCUCUGGUCUCGGAGCCAUGAAGCCAAACACCGUUUGCCUCGGUUUUUAUGACGAUACUGAACCCAUGGAUACUUUUGCGAAGAUACGCUUUCGACGACAAUCAAAGUCCUACGGAAAGCAAUCCUCUAGACCAAGGCCUCCCCCCAAUUCGGCAGCCGACGAGGUGACUCUCGUGUCCAUGGAGGACCCCGACUCACCCCAAAGCACCUACACUGAGGACUUCUCGAUUCGUUUACCUCAACCACGACGCGCCUACCUUCCCCCACUUCAACCUCCGUCCGGUCAUGUGCUUCAGAAACGUCUCUCCCCGUUGGAAUACGUCACCCUGCUAGAAGAUCUGGUGAAAAUGAAGAAAAACAUCUUAUUGGCUCGUCAUUUCCACUCCCUGGCCUGUGAUGAAUUCGAGCUGGUGAUGAGUUCUCCACCGAAUCACAUUCGUGGUAUCUUCAUCCAUGCCAAACCGGCGUACUUGGAUGUCUGGCCGGUUGGACCUCUCUACGGCCAAUGGCUUGAUGAUGGAGGAGGGGAGAAGCGGCAACUCUUCGAUAAAAGUGGCUUCUUUCUCCUCCAAUUGGCCUGUCUGGUUGGACGCUCACCAGACUUGAGACGUCGACGUCGAAGGCCCAUUCGCAUUAGGGUCUUUGUUCCAGCAUUGGCGGCGUUGACUGAUGCGGUUCUCACUUCUCGGGUAAAGGAGGUGCUUCAAGGUCUUAGGAUUGAAGCCGAAGUUCAUGUGGUUGAGUUUGACCACCGCUCAAACGAGAACGAAGUGGAAACAAUCAACCAUCUAAUCUCCUCACACUGCAAUACGGAGAAGGGAACUUCGGUUGUCUUUCUGCGGCUUCCACCACUACCGCCAGCAUCGUCACAGCAAGCCUUGAAUGAGGCGUCGAAACUCACCUACCUGGAUAAAUUGAGAGGUUUUACAGAGGACCUUCCGCCGACCCUCCUUGGGUUGGGAAUGCAGGAGGUAACCUCGGCCUCCCUGUAA